AUGACCGGCUGCGAUUUGAUCGCUUCAGCGAAACCAUGGUACAUCCAGACGGAAACCGUCAAGGUCAUAUUUGAGGAGUUCUACGAGCAGGGGGACGCGGAACGUUUGAAUGGACGCGAACCAAUACCGAUGAUGGAUCGGAAUAAAGCUCAUGAGCUUCCACAAAUGCAGGUCGAUUCAUGCGUGGUAUUUGCCUUCCAUGCUACGAUCUUAUCGCCAAAAUACAACGCUAAGAAGUGGGAAGAACUGGCCGCUGAACAAGCCGAAUUGAACAAGCAGAAAACCGAAGAAGGUCAGCCGACAGCCGAAGAGGAGAAUAAGUAA